AUGCACUACCUACCCAUCAUCCUCUUCUCCUUCCUACUCCUGCCACGUGGUGCCACCUCAAUCGAAUGUUAUUCCGGUUCACAACUCCAAGUCAUCAAUUGCCCAUCAAUGUCAUGUAUCAAACAAACCCUCGGAUUGGAUACGGUUCGCUACUGCGAUGGCACUGGUGUCUCGUCCAUCUGUCAAACCUACCGAAUCGUAGAGACUUGUGAUACAAUUCCGAAUUUAGGAUAUAUUUGCUGUUGCGGUGGCGAUUUGUAUGCUGCAAAAAAUCAAGUAACACCAGAAAUCCGCCGUCAAUGUUUGAUGAAACUUGCUUCAGUUUGUUCAAUUGGAGAAACCGCUGAGCCUAUCCGGCAGAAGGUUGAAGAGCUCAAGGCGUUUCAAAUAAGUAUAAUCAUGCUACCGCCAAGCUCAAGGACAGAAGAAGAAAGUCUCCAAAAAUCGAAAUAAAGUUCAAAUAUCAAUUUUUUCAGAAAGUG